AUGUAUCAGCCCACUCGUGCUUCUAAUAAGCCCAAGCCCACAACAUCUCGGCCCACUCGAGGUCCAGGGCCAACCUGCUCUUCCCGCCACGCCGCCCUCUGCCUUCCCGCCAAAAACCCUCCUCUUAUUCCCCUCUUCCCGCCGUUCCCCCGAACAUUUUGCCGCCUCCCCACAGCCGCGCCCCCGCUCUUGUCCGCCUCCCACCACCUCCUCGCCGCCGCCACCGCCGUUCCAAUCACAGCCGCCGGGAUGAAGAACCCCGACUUCGCCGCAGACAAAGCGCUCGCCAAGGACUUCCUGUCCAACUUCGCCGGCCCUCACGGCGAGCCCAAAUACCUGAACAUCCUGCAAGAUGUCGCGAACAGGAAGAUACGCGCGGUCCAGAUCGAGCUGGAUGACAUGUUCCAUUAUAAGGAUAUCGACGAGGAGUUCUUGCAGCGUGUCACUGAGAACACGCGGCGCUACAUCGGCGUCUUCGCGGAGGCCAUGGACGAGAUCAUGCCGGAGCCCACAGAGGCGUACACCGUCGACGAGGACAGGGACAUCCUCAUGACGCAGCGUGUGGAUGAGGGGGCCGACGGCGGCGCGGACGGCACGGACCCGCUGCAGAGAAUGCCACCAGAGAUCAAACGGUUUUUUGAGGUUUACAUCAAGACAUUCUCAAAGGCGACUCCGCUCACCAUUAGGCAAGUAAAGGCAUCCAACAUUGGGCAGCUUGUGAAAAUAUCUGGGAUUGUUACUCGCUGCUCGGAUGUGAAGCCCUUGAUGCAGGUUGCUGUUUAUACAUGUGAAGAAUGUGGAUUUGAGAUAUACCAGGAAGUGACUGCUAGAGUGUUUAUGCCCCUCAUUGAAUGUCCAUCUCAACGAUGCAAGCUGAACAAAGCAAAGGGGAAUCUAAUCCUUCAACUGCGUGCAUCAAAGUUUUUGAAAUUUCAGGAGGUGAAGCUUCAAGAGUUAGCAGAACAUGUACCAAAAGGCCACAUUCCUCGUUCUCUGACUGCUCAUCUAAGAGGAGAGCUGACUAGAAAGGUUGCACCUGGAGAUGUGGUUGAGAUGUCGGGCAUUUUUCUCCCUAUGCCAUACUACGGGUUUAGAGCGAUGCGUGCAGGAUUAGUUGCUGAUACUUACUUGGAAGCAAUGUCUGUCACCCAUUUCAAGAAAAAAUAUGAGGAGUAUGAACUAAAAGGUGAUGAACAGGAACAAAUUGACCGUUUGGCUGAGGACGGUGAUAUCUACAGUAAGUUGGCAAGGUCCUUGGCACCUGAAAUAUUUGGCCAUGAAGAUGUCAAAAAAGCACUGCUGUUACUACUUGUUGGUGCACCCCAUCGGAAGCUUGCAGAUGGUAUGAAGGUCAGAGGAGACCUGCAUAUAUGCAUGAUGGGAGAUCCUGGUGUUGCAAAGAGUCAACUUCUGAAGCAUAUUAUCAAUGUUGCACCAAGAGGAGUGUACACCACUGGACGUGGGAGCAGUGGUGUUGGUCUUACCGCUGCCGUCCUGAAAGAUCCAGUAACAAAUGAGUUUGUCCUCGAGGGUGGAGCACUGGUACUGGCAGAUAUGGGCAUUUGUGCUAUAGAUGAGUUUGACAAGAUGGAAGAGUCAGACAGGACAGCGAUUCAUGAGGUAAUGGAGCAGCAAACAGUUAGCAUUGCCAAGGCUGGCAUCACCACCUCUCUUAAUGCGAGAACCGCAAUUCUGGCUGCUGCAAAUCCAGCAUGGGGAAGGUACGAUAUGAGGAGGACUCCAGCAGAAAAUAUAAAUCUACCUCCAGCGCUUCUGUCUCGUUUCGACCUCCUUUGGUUGAUCCUGGAUCGUGCAGACAUGGAAACUGAUCUUGAAAUGGCAAGACACGUUCUUCAUGUGCAUCAAAAUCUUGAAUCACCAGCGCUGGGGUUCACACCACUUGAGCCAUCUGUACUCAGAGCAUACAUAUCUGCUGCUAGAAGAGUCAUUCCUUCUGUUCCUAGAGAGCUCGAGGAAUACAUUGCAACUGCAUAUUCCAGCAUCCGCCAAGAGGAGGCAAAGUCAAAUGCACCAACCUCCUACACAACUAUCAGGACACUUUUGAGCAUACUCCGUAUUUCUAUUGCCUUGGCAAGACUUAGGUUUUCAGAAACUGUGGCUCAGAGUGAUGUCGACGAAGCACUGCGACUGAUGCAAAUGUCCAAGUACUCGUUAUACUCUGAUGACCGCCAACGGUCUGGCCUUGAUGCAAUAUCUGACAUAUAUUCUAUCCUGAGAGACGAAGCUGCUAGGACGAGCAGCAUGGAUGUGAGAUAUGCUCAUGCUCUUAACUUGAUCUCCAGAAAGGGAUACAGCGAGGCUCAAUUGAAGGAGUGCUUGGAGGAAUACGCUUCCCUGAAUGUGUGGCAGAUCCAUCCAAGCACCUUUGACAUCCACUUCAUCGAUGCCUGA